AUGAUGCAACUAAGCCCGCGACGUCAUGAGCUCUUGUCAGUUUAUCUGCUCGGGCUCGGCACACUUUUCAUGUACCUCGGCUACCAUACUCAAUCGUUCAUUUGCGAAUCGAUAAUACAUUCUGUACAUUUGAAAGAACCGAAUCGAAUCUCUGGAUAUGCUGGAUAUUAUGGGCAAGCGAUUCACUACACAGCUUUUGCAAUCUCAUCGCUGUUCACUGCAUCACUUCAACACUAUCUGGCCUCGAAGUGGAUUUUGGUGUUGGCAACGAUUUUCUUUGCCGUAUAUCAUCUUGGUUUUUUCUACAUCAAUUCUUACUACUUCUAUGGAUCACAAAUUAUGAUGGGUAUAGCCUAUUCGUUAUAUAAUAAUGGCGAAGGAGCUUAUCUAGCAGAACAUUCCUCGAGACGUACAGUCGAGUCGAAUACUGGCAUCGAAACUGCCGUUGGGCAUACUAGCAUGUUAGUAGGAGGAAUCGCUUUGUUGCUUGUUUUCAAUGUCCUACCAGCUGAUCCUUCGGAAAAGUUCUCACAUUUUCGAACAUUUUCUGAGCAUCAUAUUCAGGCUAUCUAUGGUACUUUCUUCGGUUUGUCGCUUAUUUCUAUUUUGAUAUUCGCCCUGUUACCUACAAAACAAUACGAUAGUAUCGCUAGUAACUCACCUCGAAUCAUUCCGAACUUCAGAAAACAUUUUGAGAAUCUCGCAAAGACGUCGAUUCAUCCGAAUAUGAUCCUGCUCACUUUCACAUUUCUCUAUAUGGGUUUUCUUGUCUCCUUCUUUCUUGGAAUCUAUCCAACAACUCUGUCGUUCACCUCGUCUCUAGCUCAAGAUGUCUAUAUCGUCGCUCUUUACAGUGUUUUUGCUGGUUUAGCGGAAUUUUCUGGUGGAGUUUUCGUUCGUCCACUCAUCAAACGCUGUCAUUCCUAUAAGCUUAUCGUCACCAUUGUCCUGCAUUUCGUUACCGUAGUCGCAGCAUUGGUUCUGUUCCAAUUGUCUGUACCAGAGCGAGCAACAAUGGAGCCUACGGGUGAAGAUGCGUUAUGGUUUACGCCGAGCCGAUCCUUGGCUUGUGCAUUUGGCUACCUCAUGGGCCUUGCCGACUUCACGCUAACCAUGGCACGGGCGGUGAUCUGCCAGAAAGCGGUUCCUCAACAUCGAAUGGAGGUAUUCUCACUCACUAGAAUCCAUCAGUGCAUCUCAUCCUGCAUCGUACUAUUCCUCUCCCCGUACAUGUCAGUAACCACGUGGACUAUUGUAUUGUCGAUUAGUCUUCUCGUCGGUACAACCACUUUUGUGAUAGUUGUCCGAAGAACGAACACAUCUGAUGACGUCGUUUCGCCGGUGGAACAACUGGAUCCAAAGGACAAAAUCAGUGAAACGAACAGCGUCUAA